CAUUUGUGAGUUUCAUAGUGAGUUAGGACUGCACAGAAAUCAAAAUGCAUCCAUUAGAAUUGAGUGUGUUUAUUUUUGGAGUGUUCGUUAGCACCACAUUCGCAGCAGAACCUAAUUGCGCCCAGCCUCCACCACCAGCGAAUAUUCAACAAUGUUGUAAUAAUCAAGUCUUCGCGGAAUUAGGACCCAAAUGCGUGAGCAAAAUUCCAGCCGCUACUGCUGGUAUGCCUCGUCCAGUCGCAAUGUGCUUUGGAGAGUGUAUGUUCAACGAAACUGGUCUUUCAGUAAACGGACAAAUUCAACUAGACAAAGCCAAAUCAAUACUAACUGAAAAAUUCAAAGCCAUUCCUGAAUUUGUCGCACCAUUUGAACAAGCUUUGACCAAGUGUGAUAAAAUUAUUAAGGAAAGAAUGGCAUCAGCCAAACCACCAGCAAACAUGCCUCCAAUCCCUUGCAAUGCAAUGGCGGAUAUCAUUGCAAGUUGCACAAUGCUCGAAGCCUUCAUCAAUUGUCCAGAUUCCAAGUGGCAGAACAAUGAAGCGUGCAACAAUGCCAAACAAUAUUUUAAAUCCUGCCCUAUGCCACCCCCACCGAAGGCAUAAACGAUGAUUUACUUUGGAAUGCGAUUUCAUUUUUCUGAAAAUGCCAGUACCCAUAACAUUGUAAAGUUUGUUAAUUAAUU